CGCGGACGAUGUGAUGCGAUGUCAGUAACGAACGCCGGCUAAGGCGCCGACAGGCGCGACAUCAGCACGUUUGCUCUCAGUUCUCAGUGCACUACAACUUAGUUAUUCUUUAUGUGCGGCGAGUCAAGCCGCGUCGCUGGCGGUUUGUUAUCAGAUAAGAACGGAGCGGCGGCGCGCGGGCCCGUCCCGACACUGCACUCCGCGCCAGCCCGCCAGCCCGCCAUACACAACCUUUUCUCCUUUAAAUCUCCGCUGAUUCAGAGCCCAACAGACAAAACCGCUGGUGUGCGCGAUGAGCGGCGCGGGACAUGAACAGGUAGAAGUGGCGCUGGCGCGGUUGGGUUCUUGCGGCCCGCACCAGCUGCUCAUGCUGAGCCUGCUGGCGCUGGUCUAUGCCACCAACGCCGUCUACAAUGUCAACUACGUAUUUGCCGUCGAAGACGUCGGCUACAGGUGCGCGCCGGCGGAGUGCGCGCCGCCGGCGGCCGGCUGGCUCAACGGCACGGGUGCGAGGGAGGCGGGCCCCGCGCGACAAUGUCGCUGUACACACCACCGCACCGGACAAGACCACGCCUGCACACACUUCAUCUACGACAACCCGCACAGCUUCGUCGCUGAGUUCUCGUUGGCGUGCGAAGAGUGGAAGCCACCGUUAGUGGGCACGGCGCACAUGCUCGGCAACAUGCUCGGCUUGCUGCUGCAGGGGCAAAUCUCAGACAGGUUCGGGCGCAAGGCGGCAGCUGUGGGCGCGGGCGGCGUUGGCGCGAUGCUCGGCCUUGCCAAGUCGUACGCGCCCACUUUCUGGGUGUACGUCGCUCUCGAAGGACUCGAGGCCGCCCUCGGAGACGCGCUGUCGCCCAUCUUCAUGUUGAGCAUAGAAAUGGUAGAAAAGAAACGCGCAGUGUUGUACCAGAUGAUCCUGCUGAACUGUUACACGGGCGGGCUGGUGGUGCUGCCGUUCGUGGCGCGCGCCGUGCCCUACUGGCGCUCUCUACUCCGCGUGCUCUACGCUCCCGCACUCCUCAUACUCACCUACUCCUUCUUCUUGGACGAAAGCAUACGAUGGAUGUUCAGCAAAGGAAAACGAGAGGAGGCUAUCAAAUUAAUACAAAAAAUUGCCAAAAGAAACAACGUAGAAGUGGACGACGCACUUUUGAAUAAAUUAGAACACGUAGACAACGACUCGUCGCCGAAGACUAGCGACAGGCGGCUUCUGCUGAAGACGUUCAGGUCAAAGAUAAUGAUGCAGAGGUUUACAGUGUGCAUGGUGUGGUGGUUCACUAUAACGCUGAUCAACUACGGCAUGAUGAUCAGCGCGGUGCUGCUCGCCGGCGACAAGUACCUCAACUUCGCACUGUUGAUGCUUAUGGACGUGCCGGCCAACCUGCUGUACUGGCUGGGGCUCGCCCGCUGCCGCCGCCGGCUGCCGCUGCUGGCCUCCUUCAUCCUGGCUGGCAUAUUCUGUAUAUCGCACGCAAUUCUUCCAAAAAGCGAGGGGGAGGGCGAGGGCGCGGGCGCGGGGUAUGCGUGGGCGGGGCUGGCACUGUUCAUGGCGUUCGAGACACUGGCAACGCUCUCCUACAACAUCGUGUACACCUACACCUCGGAACUGUUUCCAACGUACACGCGCAACUCGCUGCACGCGCUGUGCGCCGCCGUCGGCCGCCUGGGCGCGCUUCUGGCGCCGCAGAUGCCCUUGCUCAUUACAUACUGGUCCGGCCUACCGGCUCUGAUCUUCGGGGUGACAUCGUUAGUAUCGGGCGCCCUUACUGUACUGGUGCCUGAAACUACAGGCACCCGGCUGCCCGAUACCAUCAGGGAGGCGGAGAACAUCGGCAAGAGUGAGCCGGUACAGCAGGAAGAGCGGGAGCUGAAGGCGGGUCCGGGCCCAGCGCAGGAGGCAGCGUAACAGCACGCUCUCAACGGCCGCUCUCAGGCUGGGCGAGAGGCUCACGCAAGCUGUACGAGCAGGAGUCGCAUGGGACUCGGUCAAUUAUAAUGCAGCCACCUAUCCUCUGUCCUCUGACUUUUGUGACGACACUGGGAAGAAUUGUAAAGCAACUGCCAUUCACACUUAUCUUGUUAAGUCCGCGACAAAUAUAUAGUAAUUCCCGGAUACAAAUCAGUUUUCUUAAGAUAAUUGAUCUAUGUUACUGUAAAUAAAGUAUAAUAUUAUAAAAGAUUACUAUUUUUAUGUGCCGCGACCAAAACUGUGUCUGUGCAGCGAUGACGCCUAGUAGCAAAGAGCUAAGCGGAGCAGAGUGAGGCUCCAACUUAAGAUUGGCGGGCGCCCGCUAAGGUCACGUCGCAGGUGCCAGCCAUCCCUCCCACUGCAGACCUAACUAUUUCGAGAAGCAGCUAAUUAAUAAAAACCGCGUCUGCCUGCCACCUCUUUUGCGGCAUUAAGCCGCUCAGCUUAUUAUUGGAAGUUGUUGCACUAUUGCACAGCACAGGCUAUCAUACAUAUAUUAUAGUCCAGUAUAGUUCAAAUCCAAAGUCUAAAGUAGAAUAAAAUCUGUAAAUCAUCCUGUAUUCUCUGCUACCAAUGACUCGCUUAGACUUACGCCGUCCAUACAACGGUCCACGAUGAAUUGAAGACGCACGUGAAGGCAUUUCGAAACGAUCGCCCGCAUCGAGCGACACGUUCACGAGCAUGCUCGGGCGACAUCGAGCUCGCGAUCUUUGCGAUGUUAGAAGUUUAACGACAUUAUAUUAGGAAUCCGGUUCGUGUCGGGUGCCGCGUCCCUCAUCAAAACUUACACAAACUACUCGUUAUAUAUUUCCGAUACGUAAUAAUUGUGUGCACUUAAUCG